GCAGAAUAGUGAUGCCCAUGGGGUUUUCUUUCUGGUAAUGACUGCAGAAUAUUUAUAUUUAUUCGACAGAAUUUUUGCUUCUUAUGUUUUUCAUCAAGGUCGUCACGUUGCACAAUAGUUGGAACAAACGGUUUAGUAAAACGUUACAGUGCUAGCGGCUGAUUUCAGAUGGUACCAAGUAUUCGGUGCUAAUCGCAUAUGGAUGCGUGAACGGUAAAAGCGUAGGUACCUGGAUGCCUAUCGUAUGGCCAGAUAAACCUGUGUUAUUUUUUAAUUAUUGAUUACUAUCCAUUUGCGGAGGAUCGAAUGUGUUAGAAACAGCAUUUCACAUUUUUUCUGAAACUCCUGACUAUUCAGUUUGAAAAUGGGGGGAGCCGUUUCGACUGGCGUGGACAACGAUGAUUUAAUCGAUAAUUUGUUCGAGAAUAAUAAUCUGAAAACGGAUAAAGUUGUUAGAGUGUUCCGUUCUGUGGAUCGUGCAAUGUACUUUCUUCCCGACAGUAAAUCUAUCGCUUACCGUGACAGCGCUUGGAAGGAAGGCCAUUUGCAUAUUUCAGCGCCGUGUAUAUAUGCAGAAGUGCUUGAAGCUCUUGAUUUAGAGCGUGGCAUGUCGUUUCUUAAUAUUGGAAGCGGAACGGGUUACCUUAGCACAAUGGCGGGCUUGUUGUUAGGAACGCACGGCAUUAAUCACGGAGUGGAAGUUCACGAAAGCAAUGUCAAAUACGCUAUGGAACGUUUACAGGAAUUCAUCAAGACAUGCAUUGCCCUGAGGUACUUCGAUUUUUCGACGCCUCAAUUUGUGGUGGGCAAUGGACUGAAGUUGUGUGAUGAAUACUUCGGGCGCUAUGAUCGCAUGUACGUCGGUUCGGCUUGUAACGAGGACGAACACGUUCAGUUCCUUACAAAGUUUCUUAAAGUGGGCGGUAAAAUGAUUGUUCCGGUUGAAGAGAAGCUCGUCAAAAUCACACGUCUCGAUAAAGAUGAACUGAAAAAGGAGAAUCUCAUGUCUUGUUCGUUUGCUAGCUUAUUGGAUCCGACACCGGAGGCAAAAGUCGUUGAACUACCGAAACCAUCGCUAAUGUCACUGAAACAUGGGUGUCGCGCUGCCAUUGUUCGUGCUGUGCGUAACCAUAUUUUGGCCGUGCAUCCGGAAGUGUGGAUGCCGCGAGCGAAUCCGAGGCAGCCGGUUUCGGAGCUGCGUCGACGUCCGCAGCAGCGCCUGAUAGUUCCUCUUGUCAUUGCGCAGAAUGAUGGCGAUGGCGAGCCACAAAUCAUGUUGGCUGAUCCCUUCAACUUAGCGGAAUCGAACGAUAAUGGCAACGAUGCUCCGCAGCCGGGUGAUUUUGAGGAUGAUCUGGACGACGAUUCGCCUGCAGAUGGCCACAGUGAUGAAGAAGCAGAAAGUGGUAACGUUGCUGAUGGACGCGAGUCUGGUGAUGCUACCAGUAAACCUCCCGAAGAGAACGGUCGUGCUGCUGUUAGCGGCAAUACAGAUGAUGGAAGGAAGCCAGAAAAAAUUAACAACGGACACAAAAAUGGUAACAACGAAGCGAACGCUCCAGAUGAUGAAGCUACUACAUCAGCUGGACUUGAGAGCGUGAAUGACACUCUUCAGCGGAAACGUCGCUUUUCGGCUCGCCAGUCAUGUUCUGAAGGUCAUGAAAUGCAGGACAAUAACGAACCACCGAAACGACGGUCAGGUGAACAGAGUGAUCAUGACGAUGAUGGCGGAUCAUCAUCUCCUGCUUCGCAGUCGUCUGGGUCUUCUACCAGGAUGGCUAGUCCUGUGGGAAAUGGUAGCGCUGCGGAAGCUAGCGAAGCAGAGCAGAUUGUACAGCAGAUUAAUGCUGUCUCGGAACCGAUGUUUCUUUCGCUUCACCAGCUGCGACGACGGCUCCUCUCGGGAUUACGAGCCGUUCGGAAUCCGCAGAGCGAUAACAGCGCCCGCAGUACAGCUACUCAAGCGGCUAAUGGGCAAGUGUCAAACGAGAGCAGCCCGAAUAACGAGAACGAUUGUUCGCCAUCUGCUGUUCCCUUUAUUUCACCGGUGUCGUUAAUGGAGCAAUAUACAGUGGAAGCUCUGCAAGCCCUCCCAUACCCAAAAAAUUUUCAACGCUUUUUGAAUUUUGAUCGUCCGCUUGAAUACCCGAAAAACUAAAUUUGGUUAUGUGGGGAGUAUAGGUGCACCGCUUGCUGAAAACAUGCGUGCUUCAUUAUUUGUGUGUAGUAUUCUAUAAAGCUCUUUUUGUUCAUUCGCUUUUGCGAUGCGUUUGAUAUUGUUGGAGUAUGUUACAAUUAAGCUGCAGUAAAGCUGGAAUGCUUUCGUAUUCCCUGUAGGUGUUUUGGUGAUAAUGAUGGAUAUCUGUAUGCUUUUGGUCGCUUAAUUAAACGCCCGACUUAUCA